AUGGCUGAGACUUCUGUUACUCACUGCUUCACUCCCUUCAGCCUCCCCUGCCGGAUGUACAGCGUCGUCAUUUUGGAUGAAGCGCAUGAGAGGACAAUCCACACAGAUGUGUUAUUUGGAGUGGUGAAAGCAGCACAGAAGAGGCGGAAGGAACUGGGGAAGUCGCCACUGAAAAUAAUCAUAAUGUCAGCUACUAUGGAUGUCGACCUGUUUUCCCAGUACUUCAAUGGCGCUCCCGUCCUUUACCUAGAAGGCAGGCAACAUCCCAUCCAGAUCUUCUACGCUAAGCAAUCUCAAAGCGAUUACCUCCAAGCAGCUCUAGUGACAGUUUUCCAAAUCCACCAGGAAGCUCCUCCUCCUCAGGAUAUCCUGGUGUUUCUGACGGGUCAGGAAGAGAUUGAAGCAAUGACCAAAACCUGUCGGGACAUUGCAAAGCAUCUUCCUGAUGGUUGCCCUCAGAUGGUGGUGAUGCCUCUCUAUGCUUCUCUCCCUUAUUCGCAACAGCUCCGGGUCUUCCAGACUGCACCCAAAGUAAGUACAGUGGUACCUCGGGUUACAUACGCUUCAGGUUACAUACGCUACAGGUUACAGACUCCGCUA